CACAGAGGAUGUGUAGUCCUAAGUGAGAGUCUGUGAGGAAUAGGGUGUAACUGAGUAAACCGCUGAUAAUGCAAGGCAACUAUUUUCGCAAUCAGUACGACAACGACGUGACAGUAUGGAGCCCCCAGGGCCGUAUUCAUCAGAUCGAGUACGCCAUGGAGGCUGUGAAGCAAGGCUCUGCAACUGUAGGACUCAAAUCCAAAACCCAUGCUGUCCUGGUUGCACUAAAGAGAGCCCAGUCUGAGCUGGCUGCCCAUCAGAAGAAGAUCCUGCAUGUCGACAACCACAUCGGCAUCUCCAUUGCUGGACUGACUGCUGAUGCUAGACUGCUGUGUAACUUCAUGCGUCAGGAGUGCUUGGACUCAAGAUUUGUCUUCGACAGACCCCUCCCCGCAUCACGCCUCGUCUCUCUUAUUGGCAGCAAAACUCAAAUCCCAACACAGAGAUAUGGAAGGAGGCCCUAUGGUGUCGGACUCCUCGUUGCUGGCUAUGAUGACAUGGGCCCUCACAUCUUCCAGACCUGCCCGUCAGCAAACUACUUCGACUGCAAAGCGAUGUCCAUCGGAGCUCGCUCUCAGUCUGCCCGCACCUACCUGGAGAGAUGCAUGGAGAAGUUCUCUGACUGUAAGACAACAUUUAUUUCACUGACAUUGUUACUUAGUUAG